AUGAUGAAGGAGGGCAGGACUAGGCCCUACUAUGGGGAAACAUCCCUAAAGUCCUCGGAGCCUCCAUUCAACAAAGAGAUCACGGAAGCUCCAUUGCCCAGUAGAUUCAAGAUGCCUGCCUUUGAGAGAUACGAAGGUUCAUCUGACCCCAUUGAUCACCUAGAUAAUUUCAAAAUGUUAAUGCAGUUGCAAAGGGCUCCUAACGCCAUCAUGUGCCGAGCGUUUGCUACCACCCUUAAGGGUACCGCCAGAGACUGGUAUCGAACUCUUCGACCAGGAUCUAUUGGUUCCUUCCAAGAGAUGGAGCAAAUGUUCACCGGUCACUUCCUUAGUAGCUGGAGAGUUGCUAAAACAACAGGCCAUUUAAUGAGUAUAGUGCAAGGGGACCAGGAAACUCUAAAGAACUUCAUGCACCGGUUCAACACAGCAACCCUAGAAAUCCGCAACUUGGAUAUGGGGGUAGCUUUGGCCGCCUUGACAACGGCUCUUCAACCCGGAAGCUUCUUACACUCCCUAGGGAAAAAACCACCGGUGGACAUGGGGGAGUUAAUGAUCCAAGCAGAGAAAUACAUAAACCUGGAGGAGAUGAUGGAUACGAGAGGAAAUCGCAUAGAGCGAAAAAGGGGAAACAAUAACAGAGAAUCUGGAGACACCUGUAGAUCUGUAAAAAGGCAUGAAACUAGUGCACUGCAAAAGGGUCAAAAGAUGAGAGGACAGCAUGACAAGAGGGGGCAUCUGUCAAAGUUUAUCAAGAAAGAAAAUCCAGAAAGGGAACCACUCGAGCAAAGAAGGCAUGGCGCAAAAGAGAAGGAAGAGCAGGUCAUUGGGGAGAUUACGGUGAUCUUCGGAGGAUCCGCCAGUGGAGAAGACAGCGGGAGUGCACGCAAAAGAUAUGCUAAGCAAGUGCUGACGAUGGAGAAGGGGGAAACCAGUAGCAAACGAAACAGGAGAGAUGACGUCGUAACCUUUGACAGCGGAGACGAACAAGGAGUGCAGCAACUGCAUGAUGAUGCACUAGUGCUCUCCUUGCUCGUGACAAACUACAUGGUCAGACGCAUACUGAUAGACAACGGGAGCUCGGCCAACAUUAUGUUCUGGUUGGUUUUGGUCGGGAUGAAAAUCGGCAAGGAGCGACUGAAGCCCGUCUCGACCCCCUUGGUAGGAUUUGGAGGAGACACCGUUCACCCCUUGGGAAAAAUCACGUUACCGGUAACAAUAGGGACGACCCCGCAGCAGGUAACGAUGUUGACAGAAUUCCUAGUGGUUGACCGACCUUCGGUAUACAAUGUCAUCUUGGGUCGCCCUUUCCUUAACGCAGUUCGGGCGGUAACGUCAACAUACCACCUCAGAGUUAAAUUCCCUACACCACAAGGGAUAGGAUCUGCCAAGGGAGAUCAGGUCGUCGCUUGGAGUUGCUAUGUAAUGGCCUUGAAAGGGAAAGUGGAGGCUAAAGAAGCUCUAACGGUCGAAGAUCUAGAAGUCAGAGGAGAGUAUCCCCAGAUCAGUACGUUACACGAAGAUAUCAAACACAUACCACUGCGAGGCCACCAGGAGAGAAGUAUACAGAUCGGGAAUCACUUGCCCGACACCUUGAAAGCGGAGUUGACUAAACUUUUGGACGAAUUCUCUGAUUUGUUCCAUUGGUCGGCCGCAUACAUGCCCGGCAUCGACCCUGCUGUGAUAGAGCACAGAUUGCAGGUCAACCCCAACCACUGA